AUGGAGAAGAUCUUUCGUGUUAUGGAUUGCACUCCAUCUCAGAAGGUGAGGUAUGAAAAUCAUACGCUAGCAGUCAAGGCUGAUGAUUGGUGGCUAGAGACUCGUCGUAGGUUGGAGGCUGCAGGUGAGGAGAUCUCUUGGGUUGUGUUCCAUGGAGAUUUUAUGAGGAAGUAUUAUUCGGAGGAUGUUCGGGAUAAGAAGGAGAUUGAAUUCCUUGAGUUGAAGCAAGGGAACAAAUCUGUUGUUGAGUAUGCUUAUAAGUUUGUGGAAUUGGCUAAGUUUUAUCCGCACUAUAAUGAGGCAACUGUUGAAAUUUCUAAGUGCAUUAAGUUUAAGAAUGGAUUGCGUUUUGAGAUUAAGAAAGCUGUUGGUUACCAGAAGAUCCAUGUCUUUGCGGAUUUGGUUGAUUGUUGUCGCAUCUAUGAGGAGGAUAGUAAUGCACAUUAUAAGAUGGUGUCUGAGAGGAGAAAGAAACAGAAAGCGACUCAGGGAAAGAGAACUAGUUGGGGAGAUGCUCCUCCUGGUAUUGUGUGCUUUAAGUGUGGUAAAGUCGGCCACAAGAGUAAUGUGUGCAAUGCUGAAGCCAAGAGGUAUUUCCGUUGUGGGAAGUUUGGUCAUGCGUUGAUUGAGUGCAUGCAUAAGGAGAUGGUUUGUUUCAAGUGUGGUGAAGAAGGACACAUUGGAAGUAAGUGUCAGAAGCCCAAGAAGGAGCAAGCUAAUCAAAAGGUUUUCGCCUUGUCGAGAACUCAGACCACUAGUGACGAUGCACUCAUCAGAGUUACAUGCUUCAUUAAUAGCAUUCCAUUAAUUACUAUUAAUGAUACUGGCGCUACUCAUUGCUUUAUCUCUGUUGAUUUUGUUGAAAGAUUGGGUCUUGUGUUGUCUGCUAUGAACGGAGAGAUGGUUGUGGAUACUUUGUCUAAGGGAUCGGUGACUACUUCUCUUGUGUGUUUAAUGUGUCCCUUGUCGAUUUUCGAUAGAGACUUUAUUAUUGAUUUUGUUUGUUUGCCAUUGAGAGGUUUGAAUGUGAUUUCGAGUAUGAACUGGUUAGAGCAUACCCAUGUUCACAUUAAUUGUUAUGAUAAGUUGGUGAGGUUUUCUUCUCCUGAAGAGAAAGGUGUGGAAUUUUUGUCGGCCAGACAGGUACGCAUGUUGAUGAAAGAAGAGGUGCAAGUGUUUGCUUUGGUUGCAUCUAUGUCUGUUGAGAAUCAAGCUAUAAUAGACGAGUUGAAGGUGGUGUGUGAAUUUCUUGAAGUUUUCCAUGAUGAAAUUCCAGAUGUAUUGCCUGAGAGAGAAGUUGGGUUCUCUAUUGAUCUGGUACCUGGUACUAUACAUGUGUCUAUGGCACCGUACAUGAUGUCCGCAUAA